UAGGCGUGUGAUGUAGUGGAUAAGUGGCGGCGUGAAGCAUCGCCAGACCUUAGUAUGUCGACGGGUUCCUUGGGUUGUAGCUGUGAGGCAGUGCGGAGACGCAGCACAGUGAAUCUUUGUGAUCCGUCACCAGCACCACGCUCGGCAUGGACUUAUUGGAGAAAACGGCAGCCUACCUCCUGCUUUUGGCAUUCCUCGCUUUGCCUGACACCUAUGCCUUUAUCUUGACAGAGAAAAACGUUAAAUCAGAAGAUGCUACUGACCCAAAGGAAAGAUGGGAGUCGGGGGACUCUUCCUCCAGCACAUUUAUUCAGGGGUCAGCACAGCAAUGGACGCGAUACGGAAGACGUUCUGAAUGGCAGCGAAUAUUUCAUGAUGACAUUAAAGUGAAUAAUGGAACUACCACAUCUCUGGAGGAAGAGUCUGGACCUAGAAAUGGUAACAAAAAGGAGGGUAUACAUGAAAAUGCAAGCCUGAAGGUGCAAAACUGUCCAAGCGACAAUAUUUUCCAGUGUAACAACGGUGAUGAGAUUUGUGAGGUACUGGUGUGUGACGCAGUGACCGACUGCGAAGACGGGACGGAUGAGGAUACAUGCGAAUGCAAAGAAAAUCAUUUAUUCUGCGACGGCUCCAAAUGUCUUCCUAAGGACAUUGAGUGCGACAACAUCAGCGACUGUGAUGACGGUACAGAUGAAGUCAACUGUGACGGUAAGAUUACCACCACCUCCACCUCACCCACCUCAAGUACAGACUUAAACUCCACCAACGAUCCUUCAACGUCCACGCCUGUUGCUCCAGCGACGCCAGUCACGCCAUCCACACCUUCUGCUAUGACAACGUCCACACUAUUUACAGCUCCUGUCACAAACCCAGCCACACCAUCCACACCUCAUACGAUGCCUUCGUCGCUAUUCACAGUCCCUCGUACGACCACGUCUACGCCUGCUGCUACGACAACAACAACGCCAUCGCCUCCCCCUGCUACGACUCCAGCUACACUAUUCACAACUUCUGGCGCCACAUCGUCCACAUCAUACAAAUCAUACUCUUCAACACGGACGACAGUUCCUCAAGGCUGUGGUGCAGAGGAGUGGACGUGCAAGGACGGCAGCUGCCUACAGAUGCAGGGCCGCUGUGACGGGUAUGCACAGUGCUGGGACGGCUCUGACGAAAAGGAUUGUCCACUGAUUUGCCGCCUCAAUGAGUGGCGCUGUGAGGGCGACGGAUCCUGUAUCCCUGAACAAUCUCGCUGCAACGGACUUUUGGAGUGUCCAGAUGCCUCGGAUGAGCGUGACUGCAUUCCAAAUUGUCGAAGUGGUGAGUGGCAGUGCACAGACCUGUAUUGCAUUCCUGAGUCUCAGCGUUGCGACAGAGUCUACCAGUGUCCUGACCGCUCUGACGAAUUGAACUGCCCAGACACGGGGCUGUGGAGCUGUCACGAUGGGUGCUUCAUCAACGCUAUGAAGCUGUGUGAUGGCCGACGUGACUGUUACGAUGGCUCGGACGAGCUCCUCUGUCCACGCACACACACAGUUAGACAUUACAGGAAUGCGAUGCCUAGGCACUGGUAUAUUCUUCAAUAAAUAGUGAAAUUCCAUUCAUAUUACUAGACAAAAUCUGCCUAAAGGACAAAUUAUUUUUAAGCUUGCAAGGAUUGUAUAUGCGUUACAAUAAUUUGUCUAAUAAUAUGUAGCUUUUUAAGUACUUUGGAAUAAAAUUCAGUAUAUGAAUGAAAACAUUAAUUAUUUGCAUACACUUGUAAAUUAAUAGUAAGUGGUGUGAGUGUGACAAGACGGGGGAUACAGUCAAGCGAGCACUGUGUGCCGCAUCGAUGCUGUAGUGUCACCACACACCCAUACACACACACACACACACACACACUCACCUAACAUCCCAGCGGAUACAUUGUCUUAUGCUGCACCCAGCAAGGGCUGCUGACCACACUCAUUUAUGAUCACUAAUCACCCACCAGUUCACACAUGCUACACAGAAGCAGUCCAUCUCUCACUCCCUUGCAACAGCCAACCUAUUAACAUACUGACCUAUCAACCUACAAUAAACCAUGA